AUGGCUGCGGCGUUCUUCUCAUUUUCUGCCAUCCUGCUCGGUGGACUUGUUGCAUCACAACCAACUCGAGCGAUUGAUGGGGAUUUUGCAGACCCUUGCGUCAUCCAAGCCGAUGAUGCAUAUUAUGCCUUCGGUACCAGCGCAAAUGGCUUGAAUGUUCAGAUUGCGAAGUCUUCCGACUUUAGCUCAUGGGAACUUCUCUCUGGAUCAGAUGCCAUGCCGGGUCCGUUCCCAUCCUGGGUAGCAUCCAACCCCUUGAUCUGGGCACCUGAUGUGAUUAAAAGGGACGACGGUACGUUUGUCAUGUACUUCUCCGCAGCGUCAAGUGAAGAUGAUAGCAAGCACUGUGUCGGAGCCGCCACUUCUUCGAGCAUCACAGGCCCCUACACUCCAACGGAGAACGCUCUGGCAUGUCCUCUUGACCAGGGCGGGGCAAUUGAUGCCGAUGGUUUCGAGGAUGGGGGAACCUAUUAUAUCGUGUACAAGGUGGACGGGAAUAGUCUCAAUGGGGAUGGGACAACCCACCCCACGCCGCUCAUGCUGCAGGGGUUGAACUCCGAUGCUGUAACUCCCAACGGCAACCCCACUCAGCUUCUUGACCGCGAUGAUACCGACGGACCCCUCAUCGAGGCGCCAAGUCUUGCAAACGUGGACGGCACGUACUACCUCUCAUUCUCGUCCAACGCGUACGACACGGAAAAGUAUGACGUGAGUUAUGCGACGGCUUCCGCACUCACAGGUCCCUAUACCAAAGCUCGGGAUCCGGAUGCUCCCUUGCUUGUGUCUGGAGAUGCGAGUGAUGUGGGGGACUUGUCAGGACCUGGGGGAUCCGACUUCCUUGAUGGAAUUAAGAUUGUCUUCCAUGCCUUCAAGAAUGGUAAAAAUAUUGACGAUGGACGUGCAAUGUAUGUGGCAGAUAUCAAUACGGCCGGUGGCGUGAUCAAUUUGGCGUGA